UUGGAAAGAUAUGGCACCUGUAUCUACCAGGUCAGCAGUCCUCGCGGAUCCAGAGUAUGUUUUCGACCGGUUCACACCAAAGAAGCGACGGAGUAGCAGACGAGCAGUGGAAAAGGAGGACACUCUGAAGAAACAAAAACUUGACCGAGAAAAGUCCCCUCAGGCUCUAAACAACAAGCGAGACGGACUGUUCUCAGACAGUGCCGUGUUAAAACAUUUCGGAGCGGAGCACGUGGCAGGAGUUCAGGGCUGUCAGGAUCUCAUGGACAAAGCGGGUACAAAGUUACUAAAACUUGCGGAUGAAAUUGAAAGUUACAACACCCCGGAAUCUGAGAUAUCGGAAAAUGUGAGGGGUGAUAUGGAAGCAUUCAGUGGAAAAGCGCGUCUGUUGGUGACGAGUAAGCUGAGAAAGCAGUAUCAGCGUAUGAUAGACGACGCCCUCAGUCCUACUUACACACCUCCUACCAAAGUUUCAGAUUUGACUGGCUUCUGGGAGAUGGUCCUACUUCAGCUUGACCAAGUUGACACUGACUAUGCGGAUCUGCUCAAGCUGAAGGAAAAUAACUGGGUUGAGGUGAAAGUAGUCAAGCCUGUAGCUGUUUCUGCCGCAGUUCUCAAUCCAAAAGUUGUCAACAAGCCCGUUGUCCAGAAGACGAAUCCUAAGAAAACAGAAAUGGAUAAAGUCCGAGCAGAUCGGAUGAAGGCCUUCAAACUUCAGAUGAAAGCCAAGAAAGAGGCUGCUAAACAGGGAAAAGAGAACGACGAUAACACUUUCGUCGUGACGUAAUCAAUCAACAGCGUUUCUUGAACUGUGUCAAUAUUCUUAUAUCAGAAAUAAAAUAUUGCAAAUGUCAUAUUUAUUUGACCAUCAAUAACAAUUAAAUUAACACGGUUGUGAAGCUGUGUUGAUGUUAGUGAUCGUUUAUAUAUUAUUAUUACGGAAGCUAAACUAAGGAGGAGGGGGCAGGAUAUACUGCCGCUAGUGUAACUGUCACACAAUGGUUAUGUGUAAAGUGGGGCCGGAGAAGGGUCUAAAAUGGCCAAAAUUAGGCUUAGUUUAAUAUGUGAACGAUCCCUUAUGAGUGUAUUGCAAAUGCUAGACCCCUGUUUUAAUAAUGUUUAGCGUGAAACGAUUAUCAGAUCCCUACAAUUAAUGGUACUUGUCAGGUUUAAUUUAUUGAAUGCUUUCUUGUUAUAUCAAAUUUAACGUCACGUUAAGUUAUCAUAUAAUUUAGAAACAGUUUUGAGAAAUUUACUUUGUAUUAUAUAAUUACAUAUAUCUAAUUUCUGAAAUGACCAAUUCCCCUAUUCGUGAUAUUAAUUUUAUACGCAAUUUUAUAAUAUCUAUGCAUGUCAGAAUUCAUGAACCUAUGUUUUUACGAUUCAGUUAUAAUUAUUUUCUGCAUAAUCUGCAAACUAAUUCAGGUUAUGAAAUAAUUUUUGAUUUCAUAUGUACCUUAUUAGAUGGAAUAUGUACGUUACUUUUUAAAUGUGCUUUUGGUCAAACCUCGUACUAUUUCUGUGCGAACAUUUAUGAUGCCGCACUUUUUAGGUGAUGUAUGUAUUUUUAAUGUUAUGAAAUAAGUAAGGAAAUAUAUAUUAAGGCUGCCGGAUUUCGUUUACGUUGGGUUAAAUGAUAUUUUAUCGUUGGGUUUAAUAACGAUUAAAACAGAUCAGAAUUUUUGUUUUUUCUUGAUUUAAGUUCCUUACAAUUCAUAAUUAAGUACCUAUUAUGAUGCUUCACAAGUCAAUGAAUUUGUUGGGAUUUAUAGUGGUUUAUGCCUGUCACAUGUGGAAUAGAGACCUGAGCCAAAAUUGAUAACACUAAUUGAAUAAACGAAAUUCGAAAUGACCGUAGAUGAUUUAUCCUGAAUCUGGUAUUAAAUCGUGAAAUAGGGAUGGUUAAUCUAUUUGAGCUUCUCAGGUUUCUAUUUCAACUGUGAUUUGUAGAGUGUGGUGGAAAUGGUAUUUAUUAAUAUUUUAUUCUUACUGUAAUGUUAAAACUGAAAUUGAUGUGAUACAAGUGCACAAAA